CAGAAGUUUGCAACGCAGUGAAGGAGACAUUUCCGACCCUAUAAAGUAUAUAUAUUCUUGAUCAGCAUCACUAGGCGAGUCGAUCUAGCCAUGUUCGUCUGGCUCGUUCCGACUUAUAUACUACCUGCAAUAGAAAGACAACUUUUGGGAAAGUUUCAUGCAGAUAGCUUUAAAACUGAGAGACCAGUUUGCGUAGAAACGGACGGACUGACGGACGGACUGACGGACGGACUGACGGACGGACUGACGGACGGACUGUGUAGCUGUGCAGCCUGCUUCUGUUCUGCUUUUGCUUCUGUUGAUAAGUUUUGAGACGUUCAGUUUCGUAGCGCAACUAUAGCGAGCUGGUCGGCGAAGCGGAAGAAUAAAAUAUUAUUAGUUCAAGUUUAAUUCACUUUUGAGCAAAUAGUCAGAGAUAAGAAGAAAUGGCGAGCAAAGUCGCGAUCCUUCUUUUGGCACUGGGACAUCUUGAGGUUGCCCAAAGCCUUGCGAAGCCGGAGCCCGGAGAAUGUCUGGCGCCCACCUACAUGACCCGCUUCAGCGCCAAGCUCUUCCAAGUUAUGAUGAAGUUGGAAGAUCAGGACGGCAACGUUUCCCUCUCACCCUUCGCCGUGCACGCCAUGCUGGCACUGAUCUACAGGGCAUCGGAGGGUGAAACACUCAGCGAAGUGCAGCGGGUUGGCGAGUUCAACCAGCACCCUGUUUUCGUGGCCCUGGACUUCGAGCGACUGAUCAAGUUCAAGGAGCAUCUCCAGAGUGCCAAGUUAAAUUCUUACUCCAGAGUAUUCUACAACCAGAAGCUGGGUAAAGUAAAUUCCCGCUACGACGAGUUCUCCAAAUUCUAUUUUCACAUCGACACAAAGCCUGUGCACAUGGAUGGCGGCGAGGACACGGCAAGAUGGUUACCCUUCUGGAUACAGAGCUCCGGCAUUAGCUCCCAGAUGCAGGCGAUACUCACGAACAAUAUGAUAUUCGAGGGUUUCUGGAAGCACCAGUUCGCUUUGCGCAACACGCGGUUUUCCGAAUUCCACCUCGCCAGCGGUGAAACUAAAAAUGUUGCAAUGAUGCACAACCACGAAGUCUAUGGGCUGGCCGAUCUGCCCGAACUGGACGCCACCGCCUUGGAACUGCCCUUCAAUGACAGUGCCACCAGCAUGCUGAUCCUGCUGCCCAAUCAGCUCGACGGACUGGCCAACCUCGAGCAGCAGUUGGCCCAGCCUGAGUUCGAUCUCAACCGGAUCGCCAACCGCCUGCACCGCCAGUCGGUCGCAGUGAGCCUGCCCAAGUUCAGUACCGAUUCCGAUAUUGACAUGACCGAUGCAUUGAAGAUGCUGGGACUCCGGCAGAUGUUCACGGACAGCUCUAAGGUGACCAAAUUGCUCGAUCGGCCGGUGCGCGUGGACAAGAUCCUACAAAGAUCAUCCAUUUUCGUGACGGAGCAGGGAACAGUAUAUUCGCAUUUUUUAGCUAAUGAGCGGUCCCUGCCUGCCAAUUCCAAGGAGUUCGUCGCUAAUCGGCCAUUUGUCUUUGUUAUCCGAACCCCCAACUCAGUGUUGUUGAUGGGUCAUAUCAAGAGACUUUGGAAUUAUGGACCCUAAAUCUUGCAAAAUGACGACUUCAAAUGAUUACACAUUUUGAUAAUAAAUUUCUUUAAAAUGUACUUGUUCGCUUAGCAACAUCCAAAUA